GUGCUUGCAUUGUCGUCCGUCAUCCAACAUCUCGAUUUUGACCGGCCUAAACUAUCUGGUUGUUUCUGCGACCACCAACCCCUGAGCAAGACUUUCUGUACCAUUUUUUUAUUGCCUCAGUAUGAUUAACGAGCUUACCCGAAUUAUCCCACGACGAUAUCUCGAACCCUAAAGUCUUGCCUUGUCCAAUGAAUACAUCAAAACUCGACGCCUUGGUGGCGGAGUUUCCUCUCCUUGACCCGACUGUUGUCAUCGUUAUUGCGAGUGAGGUGGACCUCGACGAUGUCAAUCAGCUCGGCCAAGUCCGAGGCAUGCUGCAGAGUCUCGCCCAGAAUGUCUUGGACGAGGAAGCAAGCGGUUUCAAUGCGAGCGGUGUGCCCGACACCAUCGGUUCUGUAGACGGGGCAGCCGAUGCGCGGGAUGGCUCUACAAGCCCCUCAGAGCGCCUGCAACCCAAAGAUACAGACUCUUCAGGAACUGCACUGACGAGCUCGCCGCCCUCUGAGCCUGAGUACGAUGUUCCGCGCAUCAAGACAUUCGACGGGGACUCGGACCAGGAGAAGCUUUUGCAGCUUCAGGACAUGUUUUCGGAUCUGAAGCCCCACGACGUCAAGUUUGCCCUCAUGAAGGCCCAGGGUGACUUCCAGACAGCUCUGGAGACCUUGCUGAACCUCCAGUUCCUCGAGUCUAUUGGUGAGAGGCCCAAGGGGGUCGAUGGCUUCUUCCAGUCAGAAAACACACAGCCUUCUGGGAAGAAAAAAGGCAAAAGAAAGAAACGGACGGAUUUACGUUCGGAUCCUUCGUCAAGUUCUAGCAGCAUAAAGGAGGGCUCGCCUAUGAACGACGAUAAUGAGAGGGUCAAAAAGAUACUUUUCAUUGUUGAAAAGCUCGACUUGCCGUUCGACGACGUCUCGGACGUUUUCGAUGCACACAAAGGCUCCAUGGAACCUACCAUCAUUGAGUUCCUGGACCGCUAUGUUAAACAAGGCGUCGGCGCAUGGAGCGGCGAAGACGAUUACCGGAAGCAGCGCGUCCAGGAGCUCAAGAAGCAGUACCGGCACAUUCCCGAGCAAUACCUCGCCCCUCUUGACGAAGUCACGCGGAGUGACCAACGAUGGACAGAGGAGGUCGCCACCUUGCUGAAUCGCUACUUCGGCAAGUUACCGGCCAGGCGACUAGACGUUAACUACAGGCUUACGCCUCUGGCGAACACGGAGCUGGAAGGGUCGUCCGAAGGCUGGCAAAGGGCGGCCUCGCCAAAGUUGGCAGUCAUAUCACCAACUGGACGUACGCUCAGCACACCCACUUCCUCAAUCAUGUCACCAACUGGACGUACGCUCAGUACAUCAACUUCCUCCUGCGCCAGUCCGUCUACGUCCACGUCUUAUAGGCAAGCCAUGGACACGGCCGCCAUGUAUCGUGAUGCUAGUAACCACUCGUACAGCACCGCCGGACAGGUGUACAAGAAGGGGCAUCUGUACAGGCAGGCAGCAGGAUACUACGCCGAGCGUGGACGCGAAGAAGCGCGCAGUUUUGCCAAGGCCAAGAGUGUGGCCGCCGACAUACAUGUUGCGAGCACCGGCUCUGCCACUGAGAUCGACCUCCAUGGUGUCGAGGUCGCCGACGGCGUGCGAAUCGCACUGGAACGCGUUUGGGACUGGUGGAACAACCUGGGGGAGUACAGGACGAGGAAGGCCCAGGAGGGCUUUACGAUCGUCACGGGCCGGGGUCUUCACAGCGCUGGAGGUGUUUCGCGACUGAGACAGGGCGUCAUCGCCGCCCUUGUCAACGAUGGAUGGAAGGUUUCGGUGGGGACUGGGAGCUAUCGGGUGACUGGCCGCCGGUGAUCUGGUUGGUCGAGGACGCGUUCCUUGUUAGGGAGAGCACUGUUUGCUUGCCAGGAGACUUUUCUGGCCAGGCACCAGCAUUCUAUGUCUUGGAACUUGCAUAUCUCACCGCCCGGAGGUGGGCCAUUUUAGCUGUGAAGAGGUGGAGCUAUCUAUCUUAAAGGGGCAGGUAAAGUCCGGACGACGACUCUUUGAAUUGCGAUCAUAAGCAAGAUACCAUUGGGAUAAACAACU